UAUUCGUCACGCACGCGCGUGAGUUAGUCAAAGAAGAUGGCAGAUUUAUCUUUAGACGAAGUGAUACGCCGACGCGGAUUGAACACCAAAGGACCCACUGUAAAAAGGACUAUGUUCGGCAGGGGAGCAGGAGGAAUUGGGAGGACGUUCGAUGCCCGACAGAAGAUUGGGAUGGGGGAUGCCAGACAAAGGCUUGGUGGCGGUGCAGGAGCAGGGUUCAAGGUGACGGACGCCCGACAGAAGAUCGGCCAGAAAGACGCCCGCUUCAAAAUCCGCGGCGGCCGAGGGGGCGGGGUCCAGGACGCCCGCCAGAUGAUCAACUCGCGCAAACAGGGCCAGAACCCCUUCCAGCUGGCCCCGCAGACGGUCCAAGCCGGCCCGGCGGCCCACUUGCACACCCACAUGCAGCAGAUCCAGAUCCACGCCGCCGUCGCCGCCACCAACAAUGGCAACGCCAGGCAGUUCAGCCCCGCCCCGGGGGGGCCCAACACCCGAGGCCUGACGCUGCAAGCGGGGGGCGUGCCCCCCAGGAUGAUGGACGCCCGCGAUAGGCUGAGCCUAAAGAGGAGCUUUGGGGGGCCGGCCCAGGGGGCGGCGAUCCCGCCUUUGAAGAUUACCAAAACCAUCCAGCAAAGGCCGGUAGGAAUGUCAAGCGGUGUCCGGGUCAACAUGCCGAGCAGGGGAGCCGAGUCUCUUUCAGGCAACGAGGACCUGAUCCUCAAUAAACAGAUGAAGAUCACGACCAACAAUGUGUCACGGCCCGGCACCCUGGGCUCCACCUUCUCCAUGUCGGGCCCCAUCACCAAGGUGGUGAAGAACGACGCCUACACCGCUCCCCGGGCCCCGGUCCCCGUGGCCCCCACCAGGCCCACCCCCAGCGCGGGGGGCGGAGCCUCCAGGCCUGUGGCCGCCGCCGCUUCCCAGCCCGUCUCCAGGACCCUCCAGCAGGCCACGGCCCCCAGGGAGGCCAGCUCCCCGCCCACUCCCCCCCAGCCCUCCUUCAGCCCUCUGGAAGGAACCAAGAUCACGGUGAACAACCUGCACCCGCGCGUCACCGAGGAGGACAUAGUGGAGCUGUUCUGCGUGUGCGGGGCCUUGAAGCGAGCGCGCCUGGCCAAGGUGGGGGUGGCGGAGGUGGUGUUUGUGCGGAAGGAGGACGCCGUGAGCGCCUACAGGAAGUACAACAACCGCUGCUUGGACGGCCAGCCAAUGAAGUGCAAUCUUCACAUGCAGGGAAACGUCAUCACGUCAGACCAGCCCAUUCUUUUGAGGUUGAGUGAUACUCCCGGCAGCGGCGGAGCCAGGAAAGACGGCCUCCCAGCCUCCCUGUCUCGCCCCGGGGGCCGCCCGGCCUCCUCCCAGCCCACCCCGGAGGUGGACCCCCAGACCAUCCUCAAGGCCUUGUUCAAGUCCACCACCCAGUCCACCUCCACCACCGAGUCCAGCUCACAGGCCACCGCCUUCCGCAUCAAGAUAUAACGCGGUUGAAACGUGGUGAUCACGCGGUUUAGCGUCGCAGCCCAAACGCAGACGGCGACACGCACUCUCAGAUCCCAUGAAAUGUUCUGGAACAUGCUCCGUAUGCACACACUUCCCCAAAUGUUUUUGGUUCUUUUUAUUUUUGCAUUUGAUUAUUUUCUUUCCAAGUACACCGACUGGCGCAAAGACGGUAAGCCAGUAAUUGUGCAAAUAAAUUUUACGGACAUAUUACCCCAAUAAACCCACAUUCUGGUCCAUCAUCCAUAGCUUUGAAACAGUCGAUCCCAGUCAUUUUGGUUUUCAGAGCUGCAACUCAUUGUUUUAUUCAUGUGUGUAACCCUGAAUGGACCAACUUGGGGUUGAGCUGGGUUUUUUUGUCGGUUUAUAGUUGUAAUACAUUUUGGAGGGAAGGGGAAAUAUAAAGCUGUCGUUGGAGAUUGUUUUUUUGUUUUGUUUUUUAAGUAAUUUUGGCCACAUGGUUUGCGUUCCCUGUUCAACUAGUUCACAUUGAACGCCAUUCUUUUAGAAAUCAUGAUUGUUUUGGACGUAGACCCUCUCUUUGACUUACCUUCCCACCGUGAACCACAAGCAACAAGAUCGGUACACAGCCAAAUGUUACUGGGUGUAAAUCCACUUUUGUUGAGUUUAAACAUAACUGUACAAAUGCUUGUAUAUCAUAACUCUGGUCAUUGGUUUGCCAUCUUCCGCUGCUUCGUGGCACUCAAAUGGUCCUGUCCUUAUUUUGUGAUUGUUAUUUGACUUGGUGAUCGAUGUUGGAGCAGUUGUAGAAGUCAUGCAAGUUUACUCUCAAAUUUAUGUUGAACUGUCAGUAAAUUACUCUUUCUACUACUGCUGUGUGUGUCCGUCAAAAGGAAGAUAUGGUAGUGAGGACAGAUCUCUGUACAAGUGAUUUUCCGGCAUUAAAUGUCGCUUUGUAAAGAAAA